AUGGGUGGAGUCGAGUCUCAUUUAUACGAAUUAUCACAACGCUUGAUUCAACGAGGACAUAAGGUCAUUAUAGUGACGCAUGCCUAUGGCAACAGAACAGGUGUACGUUAUUUGACCAAUGGUUUAAAAGUCUAUCAUGUACCGACUCAAGUCAUUUACGCUGAAGCAACUUUACCUUCGUUUUAUGGAUUCUUUCCCUUAUUUCGUCACAUUCUUAUUCGAGAAUCCAUUCAGAUUGUGCAUGGCCACGGUGCAUUUUCUGCAUUGUGUCAUGAAGGCAUCUAUCAUAGUAAGACCAUGGGUUUGAAAGCAGUGUUUACUGAUCAUUCCUUGUUUGGUUUUGCCGAUGCUUCGUCCAUCUUGACCAACAAGCUAUUGAAAUUCACAUUGAGUGAUAUUGACCAUGUCAUUUGUGUCUCGCACACCAGUAAAGAAAAUACAGUGCUGAGAGCAGCUUUAUCACCCAGACACGUCUCUGUUAUACCUAACGCAGUGGUAGCUUCCCAAUUCUUACCGGAUCCUUCAGUGCCUGAUCCUAACUGGAUUACGAUUGUAGUGAUUAGUCGAUUGGUCUACCGCAAGGGCGUGGAUUUAUUAGUAGCGAUUAUACCACGUAUUUGUGAAUCGUAUAAGCAAGUACGAUUUAUCAUUGGCGGAGAUGGACCGAAACGAAUUGAUUUAGAGCAGAUGCGAGAGAAGCACUUGUUACACGAUCGCGUCGAAUUAUUGGGACCCAUCAAACAUCAUGAAGUGCGCGAUGUGUUAGUGCAAGGCAAUAUUUUUUUAAACACCAGUUUAACCGAAGCUUUUUGUAUCGCCAUUGUUGAGGCUGCUUGUGCAGGAUUAUUUGUCGUAAGCACUAAGAUUGGCGGCGUACCUGAAGUUUUACCCAGUCACAUGAUUAACUAUGCAAGUCCAGAGGAAGAUGAUCUUGUGAUUGCUGUGUCCAAAGCGAUCCAUAUGUUUCGUUUCGGUCAAAUUGAUCCUAGUCAGUUCAAUGAUCAACUGAAAGAAAUGUAUAACUGGUCCAAUGUUGCUGAGCGUACAGAAAAGGUAUAA